AUCAUCGUCAUCAUCAUCAUCGUCAUCAUCAUAACCAUUUUGGCUCAAGCAUUUGCUGAGUCAUAGGCCACUGCGGUGCAUGUGCGCCGCCCCGCUGUUUCGCUCCGCCCCCUCUGCUCCACUCACUCUGUUCUCCGCCCGCGAUGGUCAGUGCAGCUCGCUUGUCGUGGAUUGUUGAGCAACUCUUUUUUGGUCGAAGGUGUCGCGUACGGAUCAACACGUAUCAAGACCGGAUGAUUGUUCACUUUGUGCUUCUUCCUCUCGAUGAUGGGUUGGGUGCCCAGAGUGCGCUACCCUCUUUUGUGGCGCAAUCGGUUCUACAGUCUCUCGAUGAAGCCUGCGUGGUUGAUCACGGGCAUCGGUCCUCUCAGGGUUUUUCGCACAUCACGUUCAAUAUGAAGAGUUUGCCGAGGUCUUGUGGUCCUGACGGUCGUCCCGAUGCUGCCGUACGGUGUCCUGGAGGUGCUGGGGCUGACCUUCUCCGUGGUGCCGCUCACGAUCGUGCAUCCGGUGAUCCUCGUCGAGCUGCUGAUGCUCAUGCAGUUGCUGGGGCUCCAGAUCUUCGUGCAGACGACCUUCCUGGAGGUGCAGGUGACCUUCGUGCAGACGACCGUCCUGGAGGUGCAGUCGUCCUUCCUGGAGACGACCUUCGUGCAGAUCUUCGCGCAGAUCUUCGCGCAGACGACCUUCGUGCAGAUCUUCGUGCAGACGACCUUCGUGCAGACGACCCUCUUGGAGGUGCAGACGACCCUCGUGCAGACGACCUUCGUGACGAUUUUCGCGAAGACGACCUUCGUGCAGACGACCUUCGUGCUGGUGCCGACCGUCGUGGAGGCGAUCUUCGUGGAGACGACCGUCCUGGAGAUGCUGGUGCCGACCGUCGUGGAGAAGAUCUUCGUGGUGGUGCUGGAGCUGACCGACCUGGGCACGAUCUCCGUGCCGGUGCCGAACGUUGCGGAAACGAUCUUCGUGAAGAUGACAGUCGUGGAAGUGCGGGUGCCGACCUUCGUGGUGCCGACCUUCGAACUGGUGCCGACCGCUGUGGAAACGUUCCUCGUGGAGACGACCGUCAUGGAGGUGCUGGUGCUGGCCUUCGUGCAGACGACCUUCCUGGGGGUGCAGUUGACCUUUUUGCUGACGACCUUCGUGCAGGUCUUCGUGCUGACGACCUUUCUGGAAGUGCAGACGACCUUCGUGCAGACGACCUUCCUGGAGGUUCGGACGAUCUUCCUGGAGAAGACCUUCGUGCAGAUCUUCGUGAAGAUCUUCGUGCAGGCGACCAUGCUGGAGAUGCUCUUCCCCUACUUGGUUCACACGUCCGCGACGAUCUUCUGGGUGGCGCCUCUGAUCUUUGUGAUGCCGUGGAGGUUCGUGGAGUUGCCGACGCUCGGGGAGGCGCUGAAGUUCGCGCUCGUGGUGAGGGCGUUCGGGGUGCCGCUGAUGUUUCUCCUCCUUCGGGGUCGCCGCCCCGCAAGAUGGCUCGUUUGGAGGACGUGGGUGAGGUGCCUGAGGAGCUCCAGCCUGCGCCCGCUUUUCCUGCUCUUGGCCGAGCUUCGGCUUCAUCGGAGGGCGGUCAGUUUCAGUAUUUGCAUGGCCUGCUUCCGCCUGGGCUUCAGACGUCGGACAAAGUCAUCAACCUGCUCUUACACAAGCCUUGCACGAAAAGUACUACUAUGGCAUCGUUUGAUUCGCAGGAGCAGUAUUUUACGGGCCAGCUGGAUAUUCUGAGCCAGCGCCUAUGCCAAGCUGCUGGCCCCCCGCCGCUUGCCUGGCCGCUGCUGUACCAUAGAGCCCGAACGUACGUGGGGAGCCUCGAAGACAAUCCCGAUCAGAAACUGACAGCAAUGGAUGUGCUAUGCGCGCUGGGAGU